AUUCCACGAACACAUAAUCACAGAGCUUCUCGAAGACACCAAUGACGGUCUCGUCAUUCUCUCUUCAGGUCUCUCUCUAUCGAAACUCAUUUCAUCUCUUCUCCUUCUUCACUCCACUUCUCAGGGAACACUUCUCAUUCUAUCUCCUUCCUCCGCCACUCUCAAAUCCAAAAUCAAUUUCCAUCUCAAAACCCUAAACCCCCAAUUCUACCAAGUCCCCGUCGAAAUCACCGCCGACCUCCCCGUUAACCACCGCCACUCCCUCUACUCUUCCGGCUCCGUCUGUUUCAUUACCCCUAGAAUCCUCAUCGUUGAUCUUCUCACUAAUAAACUACCUGCCUCAAUUAUCUCCGGACUCAUCAUCCUCAAGCUCAUUCCGUUUCGGAGACUUCCACUGAAGCUUUUAUUGUUAGGAUUUUUCGUUCUCUCAAUCGAAGUGCGUUUGUUCGUGUUUUCUCCGAUAGGCCACAAGCGAUGGUUUCGGGUUUUGCGAAGGCGGAGAGAACUAUGAAGUGUUUGCAUAUUCGUAAGCUGCAUCUUUGGCCGAGAUUUCAGGUUUAUGUUUCGCAGGAGCUUGAGCAGGACCCGUCGGAUGUUGUCGAUAUUAGGGUUCCGAUGAGUAAGUACAUGAUGGGGAUUCAGAAGGCUAUUGUUGAAGUUAUGGGUGCGUGCUUGAAGGAGAUGAGGAAGACGAAUAAGGUUGAUGUGGAGGAUUUGACUGUGGAGAAUGGGUUGUUCAAGUCGUUUGAUGAGAUUGUCAGGAGACAGUUGGAUCCAAUUUGGCAUACUUUGGAUCCAAUUUGGCAUAGUGAAAGAGGAGUUUGUGAAGCAUUUAGAGUCCACUGCCACUAGCAAUGAAGAUGUUGAAUACAAGUAUCUUCCUAGUUGUCCAGAUGAUGAGCCUCAGAAGAAAAUUAAUCAAGGUACCAUUCUUAGCAACAUUCAAUGGAAGAAAUUUGGACUUCUUUGUUUUGUUUGGAUUGCAGUUCUUCUCUUGCAGAUUGCCAAGAAUUAUACAGCUACAUGUUCAAUCAAAUACUGGUUACUAACUUUGUUACAGACACCAGUUACUGUUGGGGUUUCAAUGUACCAAGCAAUAGGCCUAUAUCAAGGGAAGAAGAUUACAGUUUCUAAGCAAGAUCAUGGCACACAUUGGCCUUUGCAUCUUCUGAUUGUAUCACUUUCAUGUGCUUUGCUAGCUGGAAUAUUGGGUGGACUUCUUGGUGUAGGUAGUGGAUUUGUCAUGGGUCCUUUGUUUAUCGAAUUCGGAAUCGCGCCUCAGGUAGCAAGUGCCAUGGCCACAUUAGGAAUGACAUUCACAGCAUCUAUAUCGGUUGCGCAAUAUUUUCUCUUGAAUCGAUUUCCGGUUCCUUAUGCUCUGUAUCUUACGAUUGUGGCUACAAUUGCAGCAUACAUAGGACAGAAAAUAAUUGACAGGCUUGUCAAUAUCUUUCAAAGAGCUUCUUUGAUUAUCUUUGUCUUAUCCUUCACAAUUCUUGUUAGUGCAAUUGCACUAGGUAUGAUGCGGUGACUUACUUGAAAUAUUUGGAUACACUUAGAGUGUCGGAGAGUUUUCGAUCUGUUUGGAUUUUUGCAGAGGCGAGCUAUAAGAUAUUUGACUAUGCAAAGAAACGUGUUUAUCAUCUUGUGAGGUCAGAUGGUAUGAAAUUGGACGAGUCUAGUAAAGGUGUCAAAAACAAAAAGAAAAAAGUCAAGGGGGAUAACAAAGACACUGAAGAAAAAAGCAGUAGGUUCGUUUGUUGCAUGGCCGACAAACCUCAUAUGCGUAGGAUAUGAGGAUGCUAAGAAGGGUGUCCUAUUUAUUGAUUUCCCUCCUGUCCUUCAGCUUCAGCUGAAAAGAUUUGAAUAUGACUUUAUGCGGGAUACUAUGGUUAAGGUUGGUAGUCCAAUAAAUGUAUUGCUUUUUGCUCUCUCUCUUGAUAUUUGUUUGUCAGUCUGCAAGGAAGUUAGUACUUUGUAGUGUCUUUCUAUUUAGAAAUUUCACUACUCAGUGCACUGAAAGUGAGGCUCAAUUGGCAUAACCAUUGUAAAGAGUAAGAUACAUCUAGUGUGCUUCAGCUCUACUAUAAAACGCCCAUGAAGAUUUUGGUAUUUGGCAAACAACUUGUGUAUUAAAUUGGCUGGUGUUGGUGGUAUUACAAGGCUUUUGCUUGGCCAGUGUCUUUCUAUUUGUUAGAACUUUAAGGAUAUACUUCCCUCAGUUGAAACCAUUAGACAGAUGGAAGAAGUUUUACAACAGUGGGCACAGGGAUUUGCUGUUAUCAUCAUGAGUUUCAGUGUUUCUUUUGAUUUUCUUUCAUCUUUGAUGGAGAGAUGUCACUCCUUUUUAAUUAAUCGAUUCAAUUUGUC